GUUGCUUUGGAUAAAAGUGUCUGCUAAAUGUCAAAAUAAAAAUAUAUUUAGCGCAAUGCAAAAUGCCCAUAUUGGGUAAUCAUUUUUUUUUUUACAAUACAGAUAUGUAUUGGUGCUCUGCUCUGCCAACCAAUCUAAAGCAGUGGCGCUGGCAGAAACUGUAACACAGGAAAAAGUAGCAGAGUGAGGACUCAGCUUAACCACAAACACACAGAGCUAAGAUGAUGUCAGAGAUGGACUUUCUCUAGACGGAACACGUGCUUACUGAUGCAACUUUCCCUCCCAGUGUGUGUAUUUGGGUUUUUUUUUAAAAUGACUCCACCCACUCACAUGAAGCAAACGGAUUUUACUUACCAGCAAUGCCACUCAUAGUUAACUAGUCCUGAACACAGGUCAGGUCAGACCUUCCAUGCGCUUCUAGCAAGAUACAUCUGCAUGACCUGCAGGAGUUUCAUGAAUUUUUUCAUGCAUGCUUUGUUUUUAUGCUGCAUAGCAUUAGCCCCCACUUUUUGGACAUAAUCUGGCUUUUGAUGCACAACGAUUAAGAAGUUGCACAUUUUCUUGGAAAUACUGUGUUGAGCUUAGCUUGAUUCUUCCAUCUCAUAAAACAUCGCAAACCUUCAGAUAGACCCUUCUAAACAGCCAGGCACAAUGAACACCACCACCAACGCCUCAAACUGCGGGAUCAAUUUCAAACCAGGCAGUGAUCUCCUGAUGGCCAUCUACAUUAUAGUCUUUGUUGUUGGCCUGAUAGUCAACUUGAUCACCCUGGGGCCCAUUAUUCAGCAAGUACGCAGCCGCAAUGUCCUCGGGGUCUACCUGCUGAAUCUGUCCAUCUCGGAUCUCCUGUACAUCUUGACCAUGCCCCUCUGGAUCCACUACUACCACAAUGACCACGUAUGGACGCUGGGGAGGCCGGCCUGUCUGAUUGCAGGCUUCGUAUUCUAUUCCAACUUAUACGUCAGCAUUGGUCUGCUCUGCUGCAUUUCUGUGGACCGCUGCUUGGCUGUCAAGUAUCCUCUUCAUGUGAAGGUCUUUCGGAAGCGCAGGUACGCUUGCAUUUUAAGCGCUGUUGUGGUCCUGGUGGUGAUGGGGACUCACGCUGUAGCUGCAUGGCUUAAUCACGAUUUCAAAGCUCAGAAAAGAUGCUAUGAGAGCUACCCCCUCUCAGUCCACGUGGCCCGCGUGAACCUCAUCCGGGUGGCUUUUGGUUUCCUUGUCCCUCUGCUUCUCCUCACAUUCUGCUACUUCAAGAUGUUUCAGGGGGUGCAGAAAAGCAUCGGUGUGAAGGACCAGGGGAAACGCAAAGUGAAGCUGCUCUCCAUUGCAGUCAUUGUCAUCUUCUCCUUCUGCUUCGCUCCGUACCACAUCAUCCUGUUACUGAGGACUGUCGUGUUUUACCAUCAGGCCAACUCCUGCCCCUUCGAGGAUCAGGUCUACCACUACUUCUCCGUGUCUCUGGCCAUGUCCAUCCUCAACAGCGUGGUGGACCCCAUACUCUAUGUACUGCUCAGCAACGGAGUGAAGGAGGACAUGAAAAAUAUGGCCAACUUUCACUUCAGAAGGAAAAAACAACUAGGGAGCAGAACCGUCUCCAUUCUAAGCACCAGAAUUCAGGAUUGGCAAUAAGAUGGGGCUGGUGAGUAACAGCAGUCCACACUCUCGUUCAGGCUCAGUAAAUCUGGCUCAGUUUUGCAAUCAUGCUGUACUGUUGUUGUGCAGUAGCUCUGAAUUAGACUGAUACAGUUAAAAAAAUAAAUAAAUAAAGUUUGAUCCCAAGUCUUCCCGCAGUGGUUUGAGGUAGACAUCCACAAAGAAUUAGGCAGUUAUUUAUAUAUAGAAAUGGCUUCUCAUAAAACAGUUUUACUAAUGUUGAAAAGUGACCUUGACCGCACAGUUUAUUGGAGAGAUAACAACCUUACAGAAACUGCAGUAGUGCACUGUUUCGUUUUUUUUUUUUUUUGGAAUGUGACAAGAGUUCCACACAGGUCGUGGACGAAUGAAGUUGAGCCAGUAAUAUAUGCUAAAUCUGAACUGAUCAUGCUUGCCUGUUUGGUUCCACCCUGAUGAACAGUAAUCUUAAACUGUCUAAUAUAACCCCAGGUAAAGUAACAAACUUUACAAUAAGUGUCUCCAAUUAUCAAGCAAUCUUUAUUUUAUAUAGUGCCUUUCAUAGUGGACCACCAUCACAAAGUGCUUUACAAGAUGCAGUAACAAGA